AUUUUAAAGCCGUAUAUUGUAUAGGUCUGUCUAAUCGAGUUAUAUAUAUAUAUAUAUAUAUAUAUAUAUUGGAGAAGAAAGAAUAAAUAUUUGCUUUUGGUAGAUUCUAAAGAGAAAAACAAAAACAGAGGAACAACAAUGGCAGGGAGAAUAAGCUGCUGUCUGAAUCUUCCUCUCUUAGAUUCCAACUCUUCACAAUCACUUCUCAAGAAAACGUCACAGAUCUCUUGUACUAGUAGGAGAACAGAGCAUGUGACUGAGCCACGGAAGAACAACAACAAGUGUUCUCUUGUCUUUGGCGUGGCGGCGACUGUCCUAUUCGGCGCGAUUCAAAUCAGUUACGUGGCAUCGGUUGCAGCUGCGUUUCCUGUGGAAGAGAUGGUCACCGGCGUGGUGCCGCCACCACGGAGGUGGAGCGACAAGAGGACGUGUCCGCCUUGGCUUGAGAACUCGUUAGAGACUAUCGUACCGGAGAAUCUUCCCCGUCCGUCGGCUCAUCGACGUUUGGAGUUAGCUGGAUUAGCUAAGGGUGAUGCGCCGCCGGUCGGUGCGAUGGGGACACGUGUCAAUAGGACUGCUUGCUUCUCCGUGUAAAUUGGAAAGUUCAUUACACGUGUAAGGGACGUUGUUAGGCAGCUGUACAAAAUCAAUUAGAAACAAAUACUAUUGUAAAUAAAUUAAAUUUCAAUAUUUUUAUUUA